AUGUUAAGGUUAAGUUAUUCAUUUGGAAAUAAAUACCUCGCGUCACAAGGUAUCAUCAAUUUGUGCAACAAUGUCAAAUGUCUUGCUGUAAGACAUCAGUCCAAAAAUAACGCAAAACAAAAUGAAUUACAUUAUUUUAACUUUGAAGACGAUGAAAAAGAUGAAGAAACAAAGGCAAAAACUGAAGCCGAAAUCAUGAGGAUGCAAAAUAAAUCAAAACUUUUACCCCACCACUAUGAUACAAUCCAUGAUAAAAUUUCAUAUAAACCAAAUACAGAAUAUCAUUCUUCUUUAAAAUUUAGAAGACGUAUAUAUGGUAGAUAUGGAAAAGAAAGUGGUGUAAAUCCGAGCAUAUUAUGGCCGUCAAAAAUAGAACUCGAAGCAAUGAAAGAAUUUGAAGCAAUAGCUCAACCUGAUUCAUUUCAUGAACUUGUUAAAAAGGUGAAGGAAAAAAAUGAAGAAAACAAUAGAAUUCGAGAAGAAAUGGAAAAGAUGAUUCUUGAAAAAGUUAAAUUAGUUAAAAAAGAAAUAGCUGAUUUUCAAAAAAGAGUAGAUAUACAAAAUAAAAAAGCUUUAGAAGUCAAAGAAAAGAAGGACAAAUUGACGGAAGAAAUAAGAAGAGAAAUUGGUUAUAAAAUUGAUGUUAGGGAUGAAAAGUUUAAAGCCAUGUUUGAGGCUAAAUUAAAAGAAAGGAAAAAAGAAGAAAAAGCUAUGAAAAAAGAAAAGAGAAUUAAAUAUUUAUUAGAAAAACAAGAAAGUUUAAAAUCAUCUGAAAAAAUUUUAAAAGAUUCAUUGAUAUCUGACGAUGAAGAUGACACUCAUCCAAAUAUUGAUACUCCAUCUUUAUUCAGAUGGAGGCAUCAAGCCAGACUUGAAAGAAUGGAAGAAAUGAAAAGUGCUAGAGAAAUUCAAAAUCAAAAGGUGCAUGAUAAUAAAAAAAAAAUUAAAGAAACCAAAGAGAAAAUAGAAAUGGCAAAAAAAACAGGUUGUGAAAUGGGUGAUUUAUUAAAAGUUCUCGAAGAGCUUGAAAAGGAAGCAAGUGAACUUAAAGCUAAAGAUGAAGAGCUUUUGAAAAAAGAAAGAUUAACUCCUUGGAAUGUUGAUACAAUUAGUCAUUCCGGUUUUUCAAAAACCGUUUUAAACACCAAGCCAAAAGUUGUUAAAGAAGAAUUGAGCGAUCAGGAAAGAGAAGAAAAAUUUAAAAAAUUUAUUAAAGACAAUGAGAAAAAAAUAAAAGAUUUUGGAAUGUUACAAAAAUAUGAUGAUAGUAAAAAGUAUUUGCAGGAUAAUUUAGAUCUUGUUUGCGAAGAAACUGCCAAUUAUUUAGUUCUCUGGUGCAUCAAUUUGCAAAUGGAAGAAAAAGGAAGUCUUAUGGAUCACGUGGCACAUCAAUGCAUGUGUAUGCAAUACAUAUUGGAAUUAUCGAAACAUUUAGAUGUAGAUCCUCGAGCUUGUGUUGGAUCAUUUUUUAGCAAGAUUCAAGUGGGCGAUGUAGAUUACAAACAAUCGUUUGAAGAUGAAUUAACCGCAUUUAAAGAUAGAAUUAGAAAAAGAGCUCAAGAAAAAUUAGAUGUUUUAAUGAAAGAAGUCGAAGAAGAGGAAAGGCAAGCUCGUUUAGGUCCAGGUGGUUUGGAUCCUAUCGAAGUUUUAGAAUCACUUCCAGAAGAUUUAAAGAAAUGUUUUGAAACAACAGACAUACCAUUGCUUCAAACAACUUUAGCUAACAUGCCUGAAGACGAAGCCAGAUACCACAUGAAAAGAUGCAUCGAUUCAGGAUUAUGGUUGCCAGAUGGAGGUAAUAAAAAAGAAUCACCUAAGGAAUGA